CGUAAGCAGCGUGUGAGCGCACAGACUUAUGGGGCUUGUAGUUAUGGCUGAUCUGUGUACCGUUACCAUAGAUACGUGUUCUCCGGGACAGCAUGGCGAACAAAGCUGGGAAAAGAGAGUCUCGUAGCAGGACUCCCGAGAAGAAGUUGAAGCCAUUUGAGCAGUCUACCUCACCUGUACCAGAACAGACAGAGCCAGCCAUAAGCACAGUGCUGAAAGGAGAUGAAAUCCAGGCUCUGGCUAUAAAACUGGAGGAUCUGGAGAAGCUUCACCCUCCUCGGCAGCCUAAAGAAGAACCAAAAUCGUCUGUAAGAAAACAGAUCCUAAUUCGGAAGCAUCAGGAUCAAGAGCAGAGUAGAAAGAAGCGACUGCUUGUAGCUCGUCCAGUGCCAUCGGGGUCAGCAAGCCAAGGCCAGGCUUUUUCUGGGGUAGAAGUUCCCUUGUGUGACACGCGGGGUCGUCUACUGCCGCACAACAUUCUAGGGACUUUACAGGAGCUGAGUCGAGAAGCUACUGCGCGAGGAGACUUACAGGUUGCCGAGCUUAUCCCAGAUGAACCUCUGUUUGACAUUCUUGGAACAUAUGAAGAAGAGGGGGAACUUCAGCAGAAGAAAGAAGCCUUCACACCCCUACAGAAGCAGGACAAUGCGCUGAAUAACUGGCAGUACCAUAUGAAUCUGAGGAAAAGGCAACUGGACGCAUUAUCCCGUCAGCUCUGCAAACCCAAGGAACAGCUUUUAAUGAGUGUGUGUGAAGAUUUCCGCAAAGUCCGGGAGGAGAGACACUUGAUAGACCGUUGUAUCCCAGCUCUGGAGCAUGGCAAGGGCCAGCGCAUUGGAAGUGAAUUCUGGAACACGUCUGAACUUAUUGGAGAUGAGCUGACUGGCCUGACAUUAACACUUACUCAGUUUGAGCGGGGUUACCCCUCACCUGUCACUCACAUAGGAAAGCCAUGUAGUAUCCAGCAGGAGACAGGUUCUGCCGAAAGGCCCCCAUUUCACUGCACAUGGGAUAAAAGCUUGUAUCUCCAGCACCGCAAGGAGAAACUUAAAGCUGUCAUGGAGGAGCUGAACUUCACCCAGCCUGAUAUAGCUGGUUUGGAGGUCAUUGGGCGAGGACGUCCGUUUACAUCUGUCUCUGCUGAACACGUCUCACUAAGUGAUGAACUUCAGGAAACUCCAAGCGAAGAUAAAGAAAACCAGAAUCCACUCAGCGAUUUUCCAGAUGUUGUUCCAGAUUAUGUUUCGGGUCCCUCAUUGCUCUUCUGUGGUCAGCCAGCAGUUUGGAUAGAAAAUCCUUUGUCUUACAGGGAAAAAGUUGGCAUCUCUACACGCAUUACUUUUGAAGCCCUUGCAGGGGAAAAAGCUUCUUCAGUCCUAGAGGUUGUGAACAAUGGAAGCGCAGCAGUGUGGUAUGAGUGGAGACGCUUACCGCAUGCCACCAGCCUAGGAGACCGCCACAAAGAGCCACGAGGACAACAUUUCUAUUUUAACACUAGUGCUGGUGCAAUCCUACCAGGAGAAACCCAGACCUUCCCCUUCUACUUCAAGUCACCUACUGCAGGAAUAUUUAGCGAAAGCUGGGAGUUCUGUACUCACCCCGUAUUACUGGCUGGCGCACUGAUACAGGUGUCCCUAUGGGGAAUUUCAUUGUAUGAAGACAAGACCGCUCCAAUGAGGGAGGCUCUACAGAGGGAGCUGGAGUCACGGGAGGCUUUAUUCAUCGCUCAGAAGAUGGUUGAAGACAUCCUGGUAGGAGUCCGGAGCCCAGAGCGCCCCCUAUCACCAGUAACACAGUUAACCGAAGAAGAGAUGUUCUGCAUCGUGAACCCAAAGUUACACUACAAGCAUGAAACUGUUCAGGAGCUGCAUCAGUUAUGGAAGGAAUACAUCUCCCCCAAUAUCCACGACAGCAUCAGCUUAGCCCAAGGGGUUCUGGAUCAUUUUGGGCAAACGGCAAAUAUUGUAGAAAGUGAUGAGCUGGAAGAUGGAGAAAAGUUAGAACAUACAUGGAAUUUAUCAAUUGUGGAGAUGAAAAAGGCCGCAAUGGCUAUUCCUGAUGAUGAAGCAAGAGAAACUUUCCUUCUACAGCUAAACAAAAAUAUCACUGAACUGACUGAGCCAGUCCAGGAAGCUCCUCUAGACCUGUUACAUCUAGCGUGUUUGCAGCUCUGGCGGGACGCUAUAGAUGAGCUUGUAGAACAAUCCAUGGAACUACGAUAUGUACUGGGAAUGCCAGAUAAGGAUAUGACAGUGGAAUUAACCAUUGACGAUCCAGCAUUAGAUCAAAAACGUGUAAAAGGAGGCAAGGAAGAAAAAAGGGGAGGAGGCGUAAAAGAAGAUAAACGGACCCCCGGUGGAAAGGAAAAAGAUGAGAAAAAGGCUGGAAAGACAACAAAGGACAAAUCAGAGAAAGAGGAACGUCCAAACAGUAGGAAAUUAAAGGGCAAGGAUGACAAAAAACUAUCGAAGCCAUCGACCAUCUCCAGAGAGAACAAGGAGCUGAUGUCCUCAGGAGAAAGUUUGGACUUCACUCCUCCAGAGUCCCGGCUCUGCCAAGUGGAUCCAAUUAUACAAGAAAAAUAUAAGGAGAACCUGUGUACUGUGAUGAAUGGAAUACUGGAAACAUUAGUAGACAAGAUGGGGCUUAUUGCAGAAGACUUGAAAUUGGGAAAAUCUGUGUCUAAAGCUGGCAACCAAAACACAGCAGAAAGCUAUGAGUUUAUCUAUAGUCCUUAGCCUUUCAUUCCUGCCGAAAAUGCUACAUAUAAAUAUCUCCUAUGUGCUCGAUAAUAAAUGGAAAGAAUUA